CGACCAAGACGGGAACCCCCAAGACUGAGACCCCGACGAAGACUGGCACCAAGACUGGCACGAAGACCGAGACGACCACGUCUUCGAACCACGAUGAUGACUACACGUUCGAACAGCAGACGCAGCAGACCCAACAGAGUGCUUCGUCGUCGAUCAAGACGUUCAGCACUUCGUACGCUGCCACGACCACUGCCUCGGACGACUCGACCGACUCGACUAGCGGCGUGGGUGCUGGCGGUGUGCCGGCCAUCGUCGCCGCCGUGUGCGCUGUUGUUGCUCUGGCUGGCUUCACUGCCUACCGCAUCCGCAAGCGCUCGAGCGACGCGGAGCUCACGUCACCCAGCGGAUACUACAGCCAGCCGGCGACGCCCGUCACGCACUCCAUCAAGCUGUAAGCAGUCCACAACACGCUUUUGUGCAUGUGUCAAGAUGAUGGCGACUCUGUAGUGAAGGCGGCAUCUCUCGAUGAAGGAGAGCUGCCCUCGUACUGUGUAUAACUUGUAUAUAAUUCAGUUCAAUAGAGCCACGGCCAUCCUUGCAAACCAGCCUUCCCUACGUGUACCUUCCGGCAGGCUGCCAGCGGCAGCAUUGGCCCUCAAACCUUCAUCAACACUUUCAUGUUGAAGUGAAAACGACUCACCACCACUAAAACGACUUGUAGCAGAUGGAAUCGGGUAAGGAUGAAGGAGUGAUCCUUUGGCCAAGGCAGCGUCUUGUGACUAACUCACACUUGGUGUGGCGAGUUGUAGGCCGUCAUAGCUAACGCUCUCCAUCCAAGAGAAAUGAGCUGGCGGACCGGAGGAACACCACAACCAAGUAUGCCACCACCAUUCGAACCCGCUCAAUCGACUUCACUGAACUUCAGCUCGAGGCGUACGGUUCACGAACUUUUAUUGAGCUACAAUCAACCUGACAGGCAAGCCGAUGCCUCCAUGCUCGUUACCACUGGGUCACCGCUCCGACUGGAAGCUUCGCGACGCAAAACCAUUUCAGGUUACUCGCGCUCGCUGUCCGGAGGAAUCUCGGUGCACCUAUUACUGCGACUUGUUUCGACGGCGCCAUACGCGUUGAAGGACUUGGCGAGUUCAUCCUGCUCCACCAAAACCGUGUCGUCGUUGCAGCUCAAGUGUGGGGGGUGCAUCGCUGCUCUUUUGUCUCUAGGCCAAGUUCAACAUCUUCAACGCAGCACUUUGGCGACGCAACAUCUUGGUGAGCUCGAUGUUCAUUUUCCAACUCUCACCGUCGGUGGCAGUCCCCCCACUCUCCAAGCCCGGGUGCUUCCUGUUGAGUCGCAAUGCGAAUCGGUUCCAUUCUCCGAUCCGUCACUCUGCUGCUUGUCGCGACGCUAUGCAGCACCAGCAUUGAAGCUUCCCAAGCUGGUGGCAACGAAGCUUGUGGUCAGGGCCAACGGGUCCGCAAGGCUUGGUCGAGUAUGACGAGCAGUGAGAAGAGCCUGUACCUCGAGGCUAUGGACGUCGCCAUCAAGAACGGCGCGAUCAAGGAGUUCGCCGCCAUCCACGUCGAACCGAACGGUGAGUUCCAGGCCCACCGCUCGUGCGCCUUCUUCUCGUGGCACCGCCGCCUUUUGCUCGCACUGGAGAGCUACCUGCGUGACCAAGACUCGAAAUUCGCUUGCGUGACACUGCCGUAUUACGACGUCCAGACGGCGUACGUCCGCCAGGCUGCGGGUCAGUGCAACAACUUGUACCAGUGUUCGAGUAUCCUGCAAGAAAUCGGCGGCAACAAAGCUCAGAACAAGGAGGUUUGGAUUACGCAGAACGGUCAGAGUGCUGUCGGGUUCCCCGUCACCGGGGCCCCAUUGAACGCCGAGUGCGAUGACAACAACGUCUGCGGCUACACCGUCCGCAGCGAUAUGACCACGAAACCCGUGCCUUCAGGUGCCGGGUUUACCUCGUUCCUGAGCGUCGUGACCAGCUCCGACGACUACGCCGACUUCCUCGAGGGAAUUCAAUUCGGAGUCCACAACGAAGUGCACAACGCUGUCGGGGGCACCAUGGCCACCUUUGCCUCGCCCCGUGACACCUUCUUCUACUCGUGGCACGCUGCUGUCGACAUGUACCUGCACGUGUAUCACCUGUGCAACUUCGGGGUGCCUCUGACUGAAGAGGAAUUGCUGACGGCUACCAUGGCGUUCACCAAGGCGACGGACACGUGCGACGGCGUGUCGGGCAUCGGCCCCAACGCCAAAAUCGUGCAGAACGUGGUCGUGAACGGCAAAACCAUCGACAUCGCCGAUCACCCGACGCUCGGCAAGUACUUCAGCCACGUCGGCAGCGAGAUGUGGAACUACGGAGACGUGACGCAACUCGGGGACUACUCGUACUCGUACGAUCUCCCCGACAUCGUGACGCAGCAACUCCUGAGCAACAGCCAGAUCUGCUCCGCGUACAACCCCUCAACGCCUUCGUUCAGUUCCAGCGGCUCCGAAUCGGGCUCCAGUGCCUCUGAUUCGGGCGCUAUCGCCUCCGAAUCGGGCUCCAGUGCCUCCGAUUCGGGCUCCAGUGGCUCUGAGUCGAGCGCCAGUGGAAGUGGAUCGUUCCGAGGCUCGUACUCCGAUAGCUCGUACUCCAGUGGCUCAUACUCCGAUAACUCGAGCAGUGAUGGUGGAGCUUACGUCGAUUCGCCUGACGAUGCCGGCUACGGCUACUUCAACAAGACGGAGAUCCCCACUCACUCGGGCAUCUACGUCGCCGACAACUCUACCGACAGCUCCACGGACAGUUCGACGUAUGCGCCGCCUUCCGACGCCAACUCGGGAGACUACUGGCAGUGGACUCAGGUCACGUACGACGGACUGUACGCCCGCUUCGACGGCAACAUGGACCUCGUCAUCCAGCAGAUGCACUACGCCGAGUGCGAGGCGUUCAACAAGGCCCACGGCAUCGAGGACUUCUCGGACGACUUCGUGCAGAACUUCCACCUGACGUCUUCUCGCCCCAUUUGCGGCAAGAAGGUGGACGAGAUCGAGACCGGCGACGUGGUCGUUGCGUGCACGACCGACGAAUUCAAGCCCGAAGCUGUCGAGUUUGCGGACGACGACGUCAUCCAAGAGAUCAAGCGCGACUACGUGCCCACCACCUCCACGGAGCAGUACAUGGACUCGGACUACUACGCCGACGCCCAGACGAAGGCGCAGCAGACCCCCGUUGGAGGCUACUCGACCACUCCAACUGCAACCCCCGCUGCGACCCAAAGCCAAUACACAGCAGCUCCGACCAAGACUGUUGACUACAGCACUCCGACUCCGGCCCCAACGACCGACGACUUCGAACACAAGCACUGCGAGUAAAUGGCCCGUCAAUCUGCUUAGACCAAGCAGGUGUAGAUGUUGCACUUACAUGUAGAUAGCUGUCUCUGAUAAAAGCAAAAUAUAUAGUCGUCAAAAGAAGCGUGCUUCAUCAAUGUUGAGGCGUGCGAACUUGCGGCUUACAACCUUUGGGCGUGGACUUGACCUGUCAGCUCAGCACAACACCGCCGCAGCUCCAUCGAUCCUCCGCCAAACUGUGUCCUUCGGACGCAGACGACGUUGGCACAGCGGUGCGUAAGCUUCGUCAAAAACGCCUCGCCCCAAGCGCUGAUGAGCAAAAGGAGCUGGCCGAAGCUGCGAGAAGUGAAGCGAACGAUCGUGUCGUGGCGUUCUUCAGAAGCCUUCAGCUUGUGCUGAAGUUCGAAGGUAUUGACGACACGAUCGCUAAAAUACAGUUGCUUGAACAGCGCCAUCACCGUGGCGUAGCGGGCACUUGCCGCUCGCGUGGAUUGCUUGGCAUUUGCGAGCUGUCGAAAGCAAAAGUGGCAGUUGGUACUACCGGUACAGCUUUUCCAUCUCAGUGGCCGACGUGAUCGCCCAAACCGCUGGACAGAUUUCCGAGUUACGCACCAGAGCCCUUUUGUACAAGAAGAUUUCCCCCAUCUUGGUCACGCCCAUUCAACUGCCACAACGCAAAUUUGACUAUGCCCCAACUGCAACAACCCGGACUAUAAUUUUUGUAUGUACCCUAAUCAACCAUACAAUUCCCCAGUCAACUCUCCCGUCUCCUCACCACCAGUGCACAAUUUAGAUAAAGUAGGAUCAUCAACAUGAGGUCGCAGCUCGUCCGCCGCGCUCUCCGCGCCGCAGCAUCUGCAGCUUCACCGCCUGCGCGCGCCCCGCGCGUCUUCGCGCCUCGCUCCAUCCUCCACCAACGCACGCAGCUCAUCGCCCGCCCGCUGCAGAUCUCGAGCGCGCGCCACUUCUCGCAGACUCCCAAUGACAACGAAGGCGGAGAGACUGAGACCGAGUCCGACUCGGAGACUAUUGCCGACGCUGAGGCGCCCCAGUACUUGGGCGUGGUGUACGACGCCUCCAAGGUGAAGAAGUACAGCGCCGAGCUGGAGCUCGAGGGCCACGUGAUCAGCGGCGGCGACUACUGGACGGCGCUGGACGCAGCCAAGGCCUACGACGAGCUCGUGACGCUCUACUGCGACCUGGACGCGCCCCGCAACUUCCCCGAGGGCGACGAGACGGACGCCCAGCUGGAACAGUCCCCGGAGGACGUGGAGUGGCAGGCCCCCGAGGCCGGCAACCGCCACGCCGACAUCAUCCCGCCCAUUGCGCAGACCUACUUGACCAUCGACGAGGUCAAGGAGGCGCUGGAGCGCGAGAAGGCCAUCGACGUGUACACGGUGGACCUGGCCGGCAAGAGCAGUCUGGCCGACUUUAUGGUGUUCGCCACCGGCCGGUCCCAGGCCCACAUGCGCCGCAUGGCCGACCUGCUCAUCAAGUCCAUGAAGGCCCGAGAGAUCGUGGACGACUUUGACUACGCCGUGGAGGGCCGCGACUGCGACGACUGGAU